GCAAACGGUUGUUGGUUGCUCCCAAGACUUGGGCUCGAAGAAAAGCACAGUAUCAAGUGCCAGUGGCUAGAGGACAUUCAGUUGGCCAAAAAGGCAAAGGAAAGAAAAAAAUCAAAAAGAAAAAAAUAAAAGGGGGCACCGCCGUUAACGCACACGCAACCAAAGUCAUAAAGGGGCUAAACAUAUAAAUUUGUGUAGUAAAAGUGAAGAAAGCGAAAGAAUCAAAGUGGAAUAAUAGCAAGCGGAUGUGUUGGCCAGAAGCCUGGCUACUAGCUGGAAACGUUUUUUGUUACUCGUCCGUGUUUUGAGUGUAUAUUUGUCUGUGUGUAUAUGUGUCUCCUGCUGUUGCUGUUGCUUUUGCUGCUUCUGCUUCUGCUUCUGGUUCCUUUUGCUGUUGCCAAUGAAAAUGCAAAUUGUUGGUAACAAAUAUUGGUAAAAUGCGGAGGCCGUAGGAAUUUGUGCAAUGCGAGUGUGCGAAGCGGAGGAGCCUAAAAGUAUGCAGCAGAAAUCCACAAUCCCCCGAAUCGCGAACCAAAUCAAUAAUAAUACAAUAACCGAGCAACAUAACAUAGAUAAUGGCAGCAUAAACCAUUUAACGGCCCAAAGUGUUUAACCUGGAAUCCCUCCUGAUCCCGGAUUCCGUUCUGUUCUUAUUGUUGUUGUGUAAUGUUCUAAAAGGAAACAGGAAACCCUAGAUCGCACCGAAGGCAAGGAUACUAGAGCCGUAUUCAGGAUGUCGCAGCCGCGCGGUGGGCGUGGUGGACGUGGCGGUGCCGGGGGCGCCGGCGUCGGACGCAAAACCCCCUCGUCGCUGACCGGUCCGCCGGAUGAUUCGGCCACGCCCAGCGAAAGGGCAACUCCGGCCAGCAAAGCCGACUCGGAUCCCAAGGACGACAGCUCGAGUAAUGGCGACAAGAAGGACAUGGACCUAUAUCCCGCCCCGAAGCCACCCAGUGCCGGCGCCUCCAUUCGGGACACGGCCAACAAAGUCCUCGGACUGGCCAUGAAGAGUGAAUGGACGCCCAUCGAGGCCGAGCUGAAGAAGCUCGAGAAGUAUGUGGCCAAUGUGGGCGAGGACGGUAACCAUAUCCCGCUGGCCGGAGUGCAUGAUAUGAACACCGGCAUGACUCCAUUGAUGUACGCAACCAAGGACAACAAGACGGCCAUAAUGGAUCGCAUGAUUGAACUUGGCGCCGAUGUGGGAGCCCGAAAUAACGAUAAUUAUAAUGUGCUACACAUUGCGGCAAUGUAUUCGCGUGAGGAUGUCGUCAAAUUGUUGCUAACAAAACGCGGUGUCGAUCCCUUCUCCACCGGUGGCUCGCGUUCACAAACUGCGGUGCAUUUGGUGUCGAGUCGGCAAACCGGAACUGCCACUAAUAUCCUGCGCGCUCUUCUUGCGGCUGCUGGCAAGGACAUUCGCUUAAAGGCGGACGGCCGUGGCAAAAUCCCAUUGCUCCUGGCCGUCGAGUCGGGUAAUCAGUCCAUGUGCAGAGAGCUCCUGGCGGCACAAACGGCGGACCAACUAAAGGCAACGACGGCCAAUGGAGACACGGCCUUGCAUUUGGCCGCUAGACGGCGGGACGUGGACAUGGUCCGCAUCCUGGUCGACUAUGGAACGAAUGUGGACACGCAGAACGGUGAGGGGCAGACACCCCUCCACAUCGCUGCCGCCGAAGGUGAUGAGGCCCUCCUUAAGUACUUCUAUGGCGUGCGCGCCUCAGCGUCCAUUGCGGACAAUCAAGAUCGCACUCCGAUGCACUUGGCCGCCGAGAAUGGGCACGCGCACGUCAUCGAGAUACUGGCCGACAAGUUCAAGGCGAGCAUCUUCGAGCGCACCAAGGAUGGCAGCACGCUGAUGCACAUUGCGUCACUCAACGGUCAUGCUGAGUGCGCCACGAUGCUCUUCAAGAAGGGCGUGUACCUCCACAUGCCCAACAAGGACGGAGCGCGGAGUAUCCACACCGCCGCCGCCUAUGGCCACACGGGCAUCAUCAAUACGCUGCUGCAGAAGGGCGAGAAGGUUGACGUGACCACCAAUGACAACUAUACGGCCCUUCAUAUAGCCGUGGAGUCGGCCAAACCCGCCGUUGUGGAGACCCUGCUCGGAUUUGGAGCCGAUGUCCAUGUCCGGGGCGGCAAGCUCCGCGAAACCCCUUUGCAUAUCGCAGCUCGGGUCAAGGAUGGCGACAGAUGCGCCCUCAUGCUGCUAAAGUCAGGGGCCAGCCCCAAUCUGACCACCGACGACUGUCUGACCCCGGUCCACGUAGCUGCCCGCCAUGGAAACCUGGCCACGCUGAUGCAGUUGCUCGAGGACGAAGGCGAUCCUCUGUACAAGUCGAAUACCGGGGAAACCCCUCUGCACAUGGCCUGCCGGUCAUGCCACCCGGAGAUCGUACGUCAUCUGAUCGAAACCGUAAAGGAGAAGCACGGCCCCGACAAGGCCACCACGUACAUCAACUCGGUGAACGACGACGGCGCCACGGCGUUGCACUACACCUGCCAAAUCACCAAGGAGGAGGUGCGCAUCCCAGAGUCCGACAAGCAGAUAGUUAGGAUGCUACUGGAAAACGGAGCGGAUGUCACGCUGCAGACAAAGAAUGCGCUGGAGACGGCGUUCCACUACUGUGCCGUAGCUGGAAACAAUGAUGUGCUGAUGGAGAUGAUCUCGCACAUGAAUCCCACGGAUAUCCAGAAGGCCAUGAACCGUCAGUCGUCGGUGGGGUGGACCCCGUUGCUGAUUGCCUGCCAUCGGGGGCACAUGGAGCUGGUGAACAACCUGCUAGCGAACCAUGCUCGAGUGGACGUCUUCGAUACGGAGGGCAGAUCGGCCCUGCACUUGGCCGCAGAGAGGGGAUACCUGCACGUAUGCGACGCCCUGCUGACUAACAAGGCCUUUAUAAAUUCCAAGUCCCGCGUGGGUCGCACGGCCCUUCACCUGGCGGCCAUGAACGGAUUCACGCACCUGGUGAAAUUCCUGAUCAAGGACCACAACGCUGUCAUCGACAUCCUGACGCUGCGAAAGCAAACGCCGCUCCACCUGGCGGCAGCCAGCGGGCAGAUGGAGGUCUGCCAGCUGCUCCUCGAGCUGGGAGCCAACAUUGAUGCGACGGACGACCUGGGCCAGAAGCCCAUCCACGUCGCCGCGCAGAACAACUACUCUGAAGUGGCCAAACUCUUCCUGCAACAGCACCCGUCGCUGGUGAACGCCACCAGCAAGGACGGCAACACCUGUGCCCACAUCGCCGCAAUGCAGGGAUCCGUCAAGGUGAUCGAGGAGCUGAUGAAGUUCGAUCGGUCGGGCGUGAUUUCGGCGCGGAACAAGCUAACAGACGCGACACCCCUCCAGCUGGCCGCCGAAGGUGGUCAUGCGGACGUGGUGAAGGCCUUGGUCCGGGCCGGGGCAUCCUGUACGGAGGAGAACAAGGCCGGAUUCACGGCCGUCCAUUUGGCGGCCCAAAACGGACACGGACAGGUCCUGGACGUUCUCAAAAGCACCAACUCCCUGAGGAUCAACAGCAAAAAGUUGGGCUUGACGCCACUCCACGUAGCUGCGUAUUACGGGCAGGCGGACACGGUCCGGGAACUGCUGACUAGCGUCCCGGCCACGGUCAAGUCGGAAACGCCCACGGGACAGAGUCUGUUCGGGGAACUAGGCACGGAGUCGGGGAUGACACCACUGCAUUUGGCGGCAUUUUCCGGAAACGAGAACGUGGUGCGACUGCUCCUCAACUCGGCGGGUGUUCAAGUGGAUGCGGCGACCGUUGAGAACGGCUAUAAUCCACUCCAUUUGGCUUGCUUCGGCGGACACAUGUCAGUGGUCGGUUUGCUCCUGAGUCGGUCGGCAGAACUCCUCCAGUCGACGGAUCGUAACGGCAGGACGGGACUGCACAUCGCCGCCAUGCAUGGACACAUCCAGAUGGUGGAGAUUCUGCUCGGCCAGGGUGCGGAGAUCAAUGCAACCGAUCGGAACGGUUGGACGCCACUGCAUUGUGCUGCCAAAGCCGGCCACUUGGAGGUGGUGAAGUUGCUGUGCGAGGCGGGAGCCUCUCCAAAAUCGGAGACCAACUACGGAUGCGCCGCCAUUUGGUUCGCCGCCUCCGAAGGACACAACGAGGUGCUGCGCUACCUGAUGAACAAGGAGCACGAUACCUAUGGCCUCAUGGAGGACAAGCGCUUUGUAUACAACCUGAUGGUGGUGUCCAAGAACCACAACAACAAGCCCAUCCAGGAGUUUGUUCUGGUCUCCCCGGCUCCGGUGGAUACGGCUGCCAAGCUAUCCAAUAUUUAUAUCACUCUUUCCACAAAGGAAAAAGAGCGUGCCAAGGAUCUAGUGGCUGCUGGCAAGCAGUGUGAGACAAUGGCCACUGAGCUUUUGGCCCUGGCAGCUGGCUCGGACUCCGCCGGAAAGAUCCUGCAAGCCACCGACAAGCGGAACGUGGAGUUUCUCGACGUCCUGAUUGAAAACGAACAAAAGGAAGUGAUUGCCCAUACGGUGGUGCAGCGAUACCUGCAAGAACUCUGGCAUGGAUCAUUGACCUGGGCCUCGUGGAAAAUCCUGCUCCUGUUGGUGGCCUUCAUCGUCUGCCCACCGGUGUGGAUCGGCUUCACCUUCCCGAUGGGCCACAAGUUCAACAAGGUGCCCAUCAUCAAGUUCAUGUCGUACCUCACCUCGCACAUUUACCUCAUGAUCCACCUGAGCAUCGUGGGCAUCACGCCCAUCUACCCGGUGCUCCGCUUGAGCCUGGUGCCCUACUGGUACGAGAUCGGGCUCCUGAUCUGGCUGAGUGGCUUGCUGCUGUUCGAGUUGACGAAUCCGUCGGACAAGUCCGGACUGGGCUCCAUCAAAGUGCUGGUCCUCCUGCUGGGAAUGGCCGGAGUGGGCGUCCAUGUGGCGGCCUUUGUGUUCGUCUCUAAGGAGUACUGGCCUACGUUGGUCUACUGCCGGAAUCAGUGCUUCGCCCUGGCCUUCCUGCUGGCCUGUGUACAGAUCCUAGACUUUCUGUCCUUCCACCACCUCUUCGGACCCUGGGCCAUUAUCAUCGGGGAUCUGCUAAAGGAUUUGGCCAGGUUCUUGGCCGUCUUGGCCAUUUUUGUGUUUGGCUUUUCCAUGCACAUAGUGGCUCUAAAUCAAAGUUUUGCCAACUUUUCGCCGGAGGAUCUGCGCAGCUUCGAGAAGAAGAACCGAAACCGAGGCUACUUCAGUGACGAUGACAUGCCCACCCCCAGACCUCCGCCCGUGGAGAAUUAUGUCGAUAGUCGCUUCAGCGAAUUCCGACGCAAGCACAAGGAUGACCUGCGCAUGCAUCCGAUUAACUCGUUCGAGUUGCUGUUCUUCGCCGUGUUCGGACAAACGACGACCGAGCAGACCCAAGUUGACAAAAUCAAAAAUGUAGCCACGCCCACUCAACCGUAUUGGGUUGAGUACCUGUUCAAAAUUGUCUUUGGCAUUUACAUGUUGGUGUCGGUGGUUGUGCUAAUUAACCUGCUGAUUGCUAUGAUGUCAGACACCUAUCAACGCAUACAGGCCCAAUCCGACAUCGAGUGGAAAUUCGGCUUGUCCAAGCUUAUUCGCAAUAUGCAUCGCACCACAACAGCGCCCUCGCCGCUUAAUUUAGUUACCACCUGGUUUAUGUGGAUCGUCGAGAAGGUCAAGGCACGCAUGAAGAAAAAGAAGCGUCCAAGUCUGGUUCAGAUGAUGGGAAUACGUCAGGCCAGUCCCCGAACGAAAGCCGGCGCCAAAUGGCUGUCGAAGAUCAAGAAAGACUCGGUGGCCCUGUCUCAGGUUCAUCUCUCACCGUUGGGAUCGCAGGCCAGCUUCUCGCAGGCCAACCAGAAUCGGAUCGAGAACGUGGCCGACUGGGAGGCGAUCGCCAAGAAGUACCGGGCGUUGGUGGGCGACGAGGAGGGCGGCUCCCUGAAGGACUCGGAUGCGGAGAGCGGAUCGCAGGACGGCAGCGGGGCGCCACAGCCGCCGGCACAGGUGGGAAGAAGAGCUGCAGCCGCCAUCAAGGCUGCCCCGGAAAACACUAGCGAACAGAAAAAGAAAUAAAAGACACACACGAGACACACUCUGCACACCCCGUUUGGAUGGCUUAUUAAAAACAAUUUCGAUUGCAGGUCUAAGCUUCAGCCUCUCUCUUCCAACUAUCCUUCCUGACUCUAUCUAUCUCCUCUACUCGACUAUCCAAGCGUCUGUCCUUCUGUACUCCUAAGACCUAACUCUAGCUAACUCUAAGGAAUCCUACUUCUAAGCUGCACUUGGGGGAUCGUUUUCGCAGACUUCAGCUAAUCUAAAAGCUUCAGUUAAGCAAACACGAGUACCAAAUUAACCCAGUCUUUUGGUUUACCUGGAGUACAAGAAAAUAAUCCUAAAGCCCUAGAGUUAAGCCCCUCACUGUCCUAAACUAACUUUAGCUAGAAUAUUGAAAUUGUUUUGAGUAACUUUUGAAGCGCAUCUGAGCCGAUCCUCGUUUAUUUUGAUAUGAUUUUGUGUUGGCGAUAUAUACGAUGAACGAAACAACAAAAUAAGUUUUCCAAAAAUAUAUUCAAACUUUAUAAAAUAAGUCAAUUGACGGGUCCUUUUUGGACACCAAAUACGUCCAUUUUGCCUUGAAACUCUUAAGCGAACUCCUUAAAUUUUGUACUAAGCCGAGAUUCCGACGACUACCGAUCGACCAUAACUUUAAUUAUAAUUAUACUAGUUAUAAGUAUUUGACUUUGGCUUCACUUGGAGCUUGGGCAAGCGGUUUUAUAAUAAUAUCUCAUGAUCUCAUUGUUUUUGGGUAAUUGUCAAGAAACUAAAUCCACUUUAUUUACUAAGCUUGAU